AUGGUAAUUCAAUCACCAACUUAUCUAGUUGCAAGUGGAGAUUCUCGUUUAGCUGCCAAUCAAACAUGUUGGGAAGCACAAGAUAAUCUUGAAAAAGCUCUUAAUAAAACUUUUCAAUCAUUUAAUCAUACAAUAAAACGUGCACAUGAAUAUGAUGAAAUAAAAAAACAUGGUUUUAUUGAUAGUCAACGUAUGGGUAUGCAAGUAUUUGCUAAUUUACCAUCAGAUAAUGUACCAUUAAUUGUUGCUGAAGCUGUUUGGCAAUAUUCUCAUCAUGUUCUAGCUGGUUUAACAACACAUAAAGGUCCAAUAUUAACUGUAGCAAAUUGGAGUGGACAAUGGCCUGGUCUUGUUGGUAUGCUUAAUUUAAAUGGUUCAUUAACAAAAGCAAAUAUUAAAUAUAAAUGGCUUGAGAAUGGUACAAUUGAACAUGAUAUAUCUCACAUACGAUCAUUAAAUCAAUGUAAACAAAUAUCGAGUGAAUACGAAGAAAUUGGAAAGAAAAUUGCGGAAGAUUUAUUGAAAAAUAAAGCAAUUAUGGGUGUAUUUGAUGAAGGUUGUAUGGGAAUGUAUAAUGCUAUUGUACCUGAUGAACUUUUACAUAAAUUAGGUAUAUUUAAAGAACGUCUUAGUCAAUCAGCACUUUAUUAUGAAAUGCAAAAUACAAAAGAUGAAGAAGCUCGUGCUAUUUAA